CUUUAUAUUUAUUUGGAAAGAUUGUGUAUUGGGACAUUACGCAGUAAAAUGGUAAAUACGUAUGUUUUUAUUGCUGCAUCGGUUUUGUUUUGCAUUGGAUUUAUUGGAAAUUCAUUUACUGUGUGUUUUGUUGCUGUGUCCAAACAACUUCACACUCCGACAUACGUCACCAUUGGAUGCCUAGCAGUGACAGAACUACUCGUCUCCGUGACGCAAUAUGUCCGUAUUAUACCAGGUCUUUUUGAAUAUUUUUUAAAAGAUUACUCUCGAGAUGCUAUGUAUGCGAUAUUUACUUUUUUAUGCUUUCAUUCUGCAUGUUUCCAUAUGGUAUUAGUAUCAUAUGUACGUUUUGUUUUCAUUACAAAUCCUCUCCGCAGUUUGAAUCUGACUUGUAAACGAAUUUUGUGGAUGUCCUUUGCCGUUUGGAUAAGCUCUGUUGUCGUUUCCAUCGGAUACGGAGCAGACAAAGUGCUACUUUUAUUAGACGUAGUAUCUUUGGAAACAACAGUGUUUGCUGAGGUUUGGUUUGCUUUGUAUGUUUGUGGAUUACUAUUUAUUAUUGUAGUUGUUUUCAAUGUUCGAAAGGUGUAUUAUCUGUAUAACCAAACAGCUUUGGUUCGACGAACCAGAAUAGCAAAUUCGAUGUCGCUGAUGUUUUGGAUUAUUAUUUUGAUUUAUCUACUUAGCACAAUAUAUCCUUUAAUUUACACAAUUAACUAUGCAUUGUUAAACAGUUCACUUCUAAAUAUAAGAUUAGACUUAGUACAUGAUAUGUUUUUCUUUUCAUUGCUUGUUAAUAGUUGUUUGAAUCCUUUGGUAUAUUUCAUGUUUUCACCCCCUGUUUUGAGACUCCUAUCCCAAUUAAGAAAAUGUUGUAAUCAUGGCACAUAUCCAUGUAUAAGCAAUCCUAGUUCGUAA